UAUGCCAUUGUCAUCUUUAGCUCAGCUCCUCAAAAUAAAGGCAGAGGUAUGGUCACUCGAAAAGCUUAUAAGAUCCAAGAUAUCUAUGGAAAGAAACGCAUAGGGGUUGUGGCUAACAAUUUUAACGAUCUGAAGGAGAAAGGCAAGAAAAAACUUGCUGUAGCUGGGGAUUGCAGAGUGUGUUUGGAAGAUGGAACCAUAGUGGAUGAUGAAGAUUACUUUAUCACUCUACGGCCUCAAACAGUCUUUGUGUUUGUGCAACCAAAUGAGACAUGGAAAGGAUAUGUGACUGUACUCAAGAAUGCUACUGAGAAGAUUUUCAGAGCAAUGUCUCAGCGAGAUGAGAUCAUUGAACAGAUACAUGAUAUUAUGCAUGGUUCUGCGUCAAAUGAGAUGUAUACCGUCAUGUUGGAACUUGCCAAUCGUCUAGAUGAUAAUAUUGAGGCCGAGGAACGUAGUGAAGAUGAGGCCUGGUUUAAUGGCCUUAGCCAAUCCUUCAACACCAAAGAAGAUGCCAUGAGGAAUGCAGCAAAGUCCAGAGUCAGGAAGUACUUUUCUAAUGCAAAGGAAUCUUUUGAGAAAGCGUCAAAAAAAGCUCAACCUGUCCUAUCGUGUACCCUGAAGCAUUUUCAAGAGGAACUAAAAAAACAUCAGCAUUUUGGUGACUACUUUGCUAGAUCUGCUGGUGAUGAACUGCGUCUGUGUUGUGAAAAGGGGUGGUUCAGUUGUGAGGGGCCUUACAAUGAAAAAACUUGUUCACACUUACACACGAUCAAUCCCUAUGGUAGCAAGGAGAGCAGAGUCCUGUUCAGUACCUGGAAUCUCGAUCAUGUAAUCGAGAAGUCACGGCAGAUAUUUCCAGCAAUGAUCCAAGCCGCUGAGAAGUGCCCUAAAGAAAGCGUAUUAAACUGGAAGUACUUUUUCAACCUGCUUUUCACGAGGAAGAAUCUUAAACUGGUCCACAUCGGGUGCCACGUAAAAGGAGAACAUGAAGGAUUUGAAUGCCAAUCCAAAUAUUUUUAUAUGAAAUCAAGACGAUAACACGUGUUACCACUGUAGAAUGAUUCGAUAAUUAGUUUGAAAUAAAAGCGGUUACCCCUUGA